AGGCCGAGCCGCGGAACGUCGUCGAGAGGUGACUUGGUAACACGAUCGCAUCUUUGCCAGCAUCGCGCUAGCAGCGGGAUGCUGGCCAGGAUGUCUCGUGGAGCCAAGUGACCGCUCGAUGAUACUCGCGAGCUCAUCAGCAAGCAUCGAGUCGGCAUGCCGCUGUGCAUCGGCGCCCGCCAGCCGCGAUCUCGAACCUCUGGCCGAUGCCGAGCGCGUUUCGAUGGCAGCACAGCGGCCGUCAGAUGGAACGUCUUCAACGUACGGCUCCGGGGAGUUUCGGUGUCUCACGUCAUCCGGACAGAGACGCGCUCGUCUCGCGUCCUGGUGCCGUAGAUGUCGAGCUUCCGAGUUGCCGUCGAGGAAGAUGCCUCUUCUGGCGCACCACUGCACGCCACCUACUCCUUGGCGGCCAGCAGAGGCGCUGAUCGUUCAAAGGAGAGCAAGAACGACAGCAGCAUGCGACGAGCCUACGCUACACGGCGCCACGAACAGAGACCGCCCGUCUCUCGUUCUGGCUCUGUGUGUGAGGGUCUUCGCAUGCUGCUUCAGAGUCCCUUCGCCUGCAGCGCGCCUGGUGCGUGUCGCGCCCGCAAAGACGACUACUCUGUGCACCACACCCGCCCGCGCCGUCCACAAUUGCCUCCGUGCUCUGUCAGAGUCCAAACCUCCCCAUCGCACACGUGUCGUCAUCGCGCUCGAGUCAGCGCGGUGGCGCCUCAUGUGCGAUGGUGAUGGAUGGAAGCUGAGGAGACCCUGAAGCGACGCGAUGGACGGACGAGACGGCGCUCGGUUCCGAACUUCUCUGUCGCAAGUUCAGCGUCCAUUCUGAUUGCGCGUGCGAGAGCGACGUCUUCUUGCACUACUUCCAACGCCUGCCCAACGUGAUCGGCUCGAUUCCACGCCAGCACCUGAGUCUGGUCGU